AUGUUAAGGCCGUCCCACAUAAUCGUGGGAAUAUGCUUCUUCCUCGGCCUCAACGCUCAGAUGAUGCCAGCUCAGGUCAAGAUAUCAGAACAACCGUUUCCAGUUCAAUCGGCUACACAACUGAACGAAAUCGUGUGGACGAUGGUCGGGAGAUCGGCCAGUAACACGAUCUACUGCGUCUCCGACCAUCCAGUCAGCCAGCUGAGGUUUGUUUGCGUGGACUGUCCCCAGAAGAACAUCACGGACAUCGUGAAUGUGCUCAACUCGGCACAGGACAUGACCCGAACAGCUGGAUUCCCCGUGAGUUUAUUUGAGUUUGGGAUGAGAGUUAUGCUUACAGAAGAGAUAAUAUGUGUUCGCACCUUCCCCAAUGUUUAGAUAGACGAGUGACCUCUGUUCUUGCUCAAACAUUCUAACAAUAUUUACAGACGGUGGCGUUGAGAAACGUUGAAGCCAAUCCCUCGUGGUCUGGAGUCACCAUUAUAUGUCAAGCUGCGUUAUCGACCGGUCCGAUCGACUCGGUUCCGGCCCAAGUGGUAGUCAGGUACUUGAGACAAGUGCAUGUUGUUGACGCAAAUGGACAAGGUCCAGUUGUCAUCCCCAACCAAGGCCUGCACUUUUAUGUGGAAUGUAAUCGGCUCAACGAUAACACAUGUCAAGGAGGCAGAAGGAAGACCUUGCGAUGCUCAAACCAGGCCAACCCUCCGGCUACGUCGUUCCGUUGGAUGAAGAACGGCAUCACCAUCAACAACGACGGUCCCGAGCUGUCGAUCGGAGUGGAGAUGAUCGGUCAGUCGAUCCAAUGCUCGGCCAACAACGGCUUAUUCGACGAAAAUGGCUUGUCUUCAGAAGCCGUUUCCAUAGAUCCCUAUUGUAAGUUAUCACUGCCAUUUCUAUUCUAUCCUAACCCCUUUUGUCUUAUUUGUUUUACAAGUGUUCUUUCCAGCUGCUGCGAGAGUUGUGAACGACAACUUCCAACAAGUGCUGACUUCACCACCAUUCAAUGGAGGUUCCAAAGUCUCAAUGGAGCAGACUGUAAAGCUAUCGUGCACAGUGGAAGCCAAUCCACGUCCAAUCGUCUACUGGAAGCUCCAACACCCCAACAAUCAAAUAGUAGAUGCUCCCUGUGGCCAAGGCCUCAAUGGAGUCUACAAAGAGAUUCAAGGUCCUCUGCCAGCUAACGUCGUCCGACUGAGCUCCAUCUGCGAACUCCAUCUCACCAACUACUCGUACUCGGGACAGUACUGGUGCUCAGCGUGCUCCAUCGUCUCCCAAGGAAACCCCGAAUGUUCACCUAGCCUGGAGAUGCCAGGAGAGAGAACCAUCAACUUGCAAGUGCAAGGUCCACCUAUGGUGUCUGACAUAUUGCCGACUGUAGAACAGUACGAAGAGGGAGCAGUAGUGAGCGUGCACUACUGUGCCGACCCAGCACCUCUACCGCCACGAGAAAUCGUGUUCUCUAUUGACGGCAACGAUCUUUAUGUUGGAAACAAAUGGCAGAACUUCCACUUCGAAGCCAACCUUCAGAACAGUAGCUCCCACUACUGUGCCAUUGCUAGGCUAAGGAUCUCGCCUGUCAGGGAAGAUGAUCAGAGCCGUGUGAUCUUUUUAAAGGUUCAGAAUAGUCAUGGUUCGAGACAGUAAGUCACAUUCAGAUUAUUUAAGUUAUUAUUAUAGCGUUUUUAAUCAUGUGACUAAUAUUUCAGAAUCACCGUGCCAUUAAGUGAUUUACUUGGAGUUGACAGCUCAGAUAUUGGUCAGCUGCCUGCUUGGGUAUUGGUGUUAUUGGGCAUCAUCGUGGUUGUUCUGGUAGCUGUAGUUGGAGUGAUGUACUGCAUCAGACAACAAAUUAUGUGUUUUGCAGGUAAUUUUACCUACCUUAUUGUCAUUUUAAAUAAGCUUUCAUAUGUGAAUAUUAACACAGUUAAGAUCAGCAAACGUAUUAUCACUAAUAUAGUUUUAAAAAACAGUUUAAUAACCUUUUUUUAGGAGAAGACAACUCCAACACCGACUACAGCCAAGACAACUUCAAGCAACCGUAAGUCCCACUUCCCUAAUAUGACAUCAUAUUUAGACCCCACGACACGUACAGCGACGACAUCCAACGCGGACUGUAUGGAAGCUCGACUUCAGAGGUAAUGCGCCCUUCCCCACUCACGGACCAAGUGUACAUGAGUCGAGAAGCCGUGGUCUGAUUGCUGCACCUGUGAUGUGAUUGUACCAUCGUACACUACACUUAUAUGUGUUCGUUUUUGGAUUAAUCGCACCUCUUCUCUUGCUGCACUUGCCACUUUAUACUAACUUCGUUUCGGGUGAACGCUGACUUCAUUCCAGAUCUACGACGCGGCACUGGUCGAAGCCUACGCGGAAUACAGGGGGGUGGAUGGUGGUACGACGGUUUGAUUCGUUGUGAUGUCGUAUCGUUGUUGUAGUAGUUUCCCUCGUUUCCAACUCAGGUAUUCCUCUUCUACACCCUACAGUUUUAAUAAUACUCUUAUUGACUUAUGUCACCCCUUUAGCUGGUAGUUUUACACGUUUUAUGUUGUACACCUACCCUUUUAAAACUAAUUCUUUUAAUUUACACUCCUUAAGUUGUAGUCCAACACUUGGUACGUAGUUGUACUUCUCACAUGUUGUUGUAGCUCCUCAAUCUGACAUAUCUUUACCAAAUAGCCUUAAGACGAAGCACACCACUCACAUUUCAGCACGCCAAUGCCAGCCACGAAAGCCUUAAGUAUCUGGAGAUGAACUUAACCGACCGCGUCAGAGAACGGCACCGCAGCAUCGCCGUCUAA